AUGGUGUACAUUGAGCCAAUUGACUGCCAACUUUAUACAACAAGUGAUGGGACUUCGAGCCAAACAUCGCAAUUGAAUGACAGAGAGGAGCAAGUCAGAGCCUGUAUAGUGAAAAGGAUUUGCCAGACAGUUGGAGCAUGCACUAGGUAUGUUCUGCGCAGUUCUUCAAACGAGAAGUUACUGAUGAUGUUCCAUGAUGCCCCAAUCUGUGCAUCACUAUGGGUUUGUUUGAGAGUAGUCCCUAUGCCGAUGGUACUCAAUGAUGCCAUUAGUGAUAUGCUAGAGUACUCUGGCUGGCUGGCUUGUAAAUUUGAUGCAGCCGCAUCUGCUAUGGCUGCAUCCAACGGAGCCUCCACCUCCGCAUUCAAUCAAUCCUUUACUACUGCAUCCGAUGGAUCCUCCUCACCCGCAUUACUUCCUAGUUUGGCCACCUGUUCAUCUUGGCACCUGUUAGCCUUUGUGCCUCGUUUAAUGGCAGUGCCUCGGAUGACUUUGCAAUCAAGUCCCCUCCUGUUUCCUGUGCUUCAUGCACAAGUGGCCCAUCUUCCUGAGCAGGUCCUUUGGAUUUCUUUUAUGACACACAGACUCGAAGACCUGAUUUCUCUGAGGAAAGAUAGGUUGACUCCUUGA